CGUCACGUCUCGAAUCGAAUCGUCAUCAUCACUGCCGUGUCGCCCCCCGACAUGACAGUCCCAAGCGUUCAGAGAGAUGCAAAAGAUUUGCAUGGUUCGAACUCUCGUCGAAGAUAUCGUGUCUCAGCUUUCAGCACCGCAGCCUUCAUCUCGCCAGAUCAUCGAGCUCGCACAGCGUACCACAAAGCUCGGGGCGACCUUCUUGCAUCAUUGGGGUAGGGCACCGACCAGUGAAACGGCAGACUUGCUCGACGAGGCUGGUGCGCCGGCCACGAUACGUUGGCUGAGUGCUGUGCCAUGGCAGCCCCUUUGACAAUCAAGUCCUCUCACGACCGUCCUCACAGGCACCAGGCUAUGGAAUCACACGAUCCAGCUCCAGAAGAGCAGCCACGAAUCAGCCGACAAGGGAAGCGCUGUUCACAUCAAGGGGCUGGUCCGUGGAGCAGCCGCUCUUCUGACCU